AUGAAUUCGAAAGAAAUUUCUCGUUUGACAACAACAUGCAUAUGCAUGUCAUUUUUCUUUUUCCUUUUUCAAUGCACGUCUAGUCAGCCUUUAUCAACAAGUUUAUUGAAAGCUAACAAUAAUAAUAAUAAUGACGAUGAUAUUGUUGCUGAUUUUAUACGAAUGAGACCAUUAUUGUAUUCGAAUUCAGAUGAUUUAAAUUCUGAAGACAAUGAUUAUGAAGUAUGGUCACAAUUAUUAACUAAAUUUUCAGAAUUACACAACGAAUAUGAUCAAAACAAUCGACCCAGUACAUCAUUGCCUGUUCGUCGAGCAAAUUUUUGGAAACGAGCUAAUUUUUGGCGUAAACGCGCUAAUUUUUGGUGA